AUGACAUCUACAGCUACAACUAUACCACCACCAUCAAAGGAAAAGAAAAACAAGGAAGACAGACCUUACAAAUGUACAUUUUGUGAAAAGGCUUUCCAUCGAUUAGAACAUCAAACAAGACAUAUUCGAACUCAUACUGGAGAAAAACCUCAUGCUUGUACUUUCCCCGGAUGUACUAAACGAUUUAGUCGAUCAGAUGAAUUAACUAGACAUUUAAGAAUUCACAAUAACCCAUCAUCAAGAAAGAGAAAAAGUGGCAAGAAUAUCGAUGGUAAUGGACUUCAUCAACCACAUGCACAUCCACAUAUGAUUCAGCCCAUUCCUAUUAGUAUACAUCCCAAUCAACAAACACACCAUCCACUUGCUGUAAAUCAGUACCCCUCGUCAUCCGGUGCUGCUAGUGCUCCUCCUAUGCCUGUACCUGUUUCAGUUGACAGUAAUGGUAACACAAUUUAUCAUCAACCAUAUCCUGUAUAUUUAGUACCUCAUGCUAAUGGAUACAUGCAGCCAGUAAUACCUCAACAACAACCACCGCAGACAGAAGCACCACAACUACUGCAACCGCCGCCACCACCACCACAACAGCAACAGCAGCAGCAACUCUUUCAAUUUACGCCUGAAUCAUCGGCCUCUCCAGCACAAGCCUUGCACCAGCAACAACUACAGCAGCAGCAAAGUAGGUCAGAAACACCAUCGAGCAACUUUUCAGGUCGUGAUAUUAUUAUUCCCUCGCAUUAUAAGCAACAAGGAUCAGCUGUAUUUUCAAUCCCUACAUCACCAACCACCAUGCAAAAUAGUGGAUCACUGUAUACACAGCAAGCAGAAGCAUCCAACUUUCAACAACAGCAACUGAACCACCAUCAACGUCCUACUUUGAGCUCUCGUGCCAUUUCAUCCGAUGCUAUAAGAUCAUAUAAUAUUAGCCAUAGCAAUAAUCCAGUUAAUGUGUCACCACCAUUCCCACAACGUCAUUAUCAAUUACAACAACAACAACAGCAGCAGCAGCACUUGCAGAGUAACCCCAAUAUACAAAAAUCACAAUCUUCGUCCAGUAUAUUAUCUGAAAACCAACGAGUAUUUAGUAAUCCUGAAUCAACAAUACAAUCAUUGGGCACCUCGCCCGAUAGUGAUACCUCAUACUCAGCAUGCAAUGCUAUGCCGCCACCUCCACUAUCACAUUCACAGCCACAUACAAAUACAAAUACAAAUACAAACAAUACUACGUCAUCGUCUACUUCUGCAAGCACUGCUGUUCCUUCAUUUAGUAAUCUUCAUGAAUAUUUCCAACCAAAGAACAAUAAUAGUAAUAGCAGCAGCUCUCGAGUAUUCAACACUGGUUCAUCUUCUUCAACAACGUCGCUUUCAUCAUUAAAUGGAAAAAUCAGACCAUCUAAUUCUUCAACAAACUUGUCGAAUUUCUCAAGUUUGACGCGAAUGACUCCAUUGAAAUUCCCCACUAGUGCCACAAUGUCCAAAUCACAAAGCCGGACGAAUUUGACUAUUCCUAAACAAGGUUCGUCAACAUCAUUAAAUUUAGAAUUUUACAACAACAAUGGUACAGGCUCUGGUUUGAACCAUGUGGCAAAGAAAUCAAGACCCAAUUCACCAACACUUCUAUCAACCACACCUAGCCAGAGUAAUAUGGCAUCAUCAUCAUCAAUGAUGCAUUUAACUAAUGCCCGCAAAUUCAAUUCAAGUUUUAUUAUCUCGCCUAAUGAAACUCCAUUACAGACACCUAGUCAAUCACCACAAUUGCAUGCAGAAGAGUUGGCUAAUCAUCCUAGUAUACUCUCAUUGACGCAGAAUAGCAAGGGGGAAUUGAUUGCAAAUGGUGGUGAAGUGAAACUGAAGGGGCACAGUCAGAGUCAGGGUCAGAAUCAGAAUGAGAAGGUGGAUGAUAGUAUUGCUACUAGUGGUACGCAAUUGCCUCCAAUUCGUUCAGUAUUGAGUUUUACUGCCUUGAAAGAUACGCCCAAACCUAAUGGAAGUGCAAAUACAAGCGGGACGAGUAAUCAAGAUACAAUAAGCGAGAAAGGUGAAGAGAACAACAGUAAUGGCAAUAGCAAUGGUAAUGGUAGUGCUGCUAUGAGUGUCAGUAGCUUGUUGAGUUAA